AUGCAGAUCUUCGUGAAGACCCUGACGGGUAAAACCAUCACGUUGGAGGUGGAGGGCAGCGACACGCCGACACCAUGGACAGCGUUAAGGGAGUCGACGCAACACCUGGUGCUCCGCCUCCACAGCAGCACCACCAUCAAGGUCAAGACGCCAACCGCCAAGGAGAUCGAGAUCGACAUUGAACCCACUGACAUGGCCGACAGGAUCCAGGAGUGCGUCGAGGAGAAGGAGGGCAUCCCGCCAGUCCAGCAGAGGCUCAUAUUCGAUGGCAAGCAUAUGGCCGGCGACAAGACAGGCGGCUACGUGCUCCACCUCGUGCUCGCCCUAGGGGGAUGCCUGCUAGAAUUUGGGUCUUACGGUCGCUUGCUUUCCCAUGAGGGUGUAGCUUUGGUUUGA